GAUGCUCAUCGGGGGAUGGAGUCGGGGCAGGCAAGGCAGGACUGGCUCUGCUGCUCCUGCUCCCCAGGUCUGGGUGGAGAGCAGCAUGCUGAGGACAAGCGCCCAGUCUGGCAAGCACGGGGGGCUUGCUCGCUCUCCCUGGGGGCCCUGGGGGAGCGUGGGGACGGCAGAGAGGCAGCGGUGCUGUCAGCCAGGCUCAUUCCAGCAACCUGCUUUUCACCUAGGCACGGUGGAGCCAGGCAGCUGGGGCCUUCACAGACUGUAGCCCCUUCCCCAGACAGGCACUGCCCCCCACAAUCCAGAUGCACACGCCCACGGGCUCACAUUUACACACUCACAGUCCCAACUCUGCACACUGUGCUCCUCCUGUGCACAUCCAUAUCUCACAAACCACCCCUCAGGCUCCCAGCCCACCCCCAGCCUCAACAUUCACCAGACCCUCCCCAUUACAGAACCUCCUGUGUCUCUUCUCAGGGUUCCUCAUCUUGGCCUACCCCUUCCUGAAGGCUCGGUUCAACCUGGACCACAUCCUGCCUACCAUAGGAAGCCUAAGAAUCCAUCCCCAUCCAGGGCCAGACCAUGGAGAAGGAAGAUCCAGCACCAAUGGCAACAAGGAAGGAGCCCGCAGCAGCCUGUCUACCGUGAGCAGGACCCUGGAGAAGCUGAAGCCAGGGACCCGGGGGGCUGAGGAAUGCUGAGGCAAAGUCUGAGGGGCUGCCCCAUCUCAGUGCCCUCCUGGGUUAGAAAACCCGAACUGGAGACACGCCAGGCCCUGCAGACCCCAGAGCAGCUGGGAACAGCGUCUGGAAUGGAGCCUUUUGCACUCGCCUGGCCAAGGCUCUCGAAAAUGGAUUCCACUGGUGUGGGCUGGGGCCCAGAGCAAGGAGUUGCUGGAUGCCCCCACAGGGUUCCCGUGUUUCAGGCUCCUGCCCUGACCUUUCUUUCUGGACUACAGCUCAGCUUUGUUGCCUGUUCGAUCUACUGAUUGGUUUCUCUGGAAUUUGGGGUCCAAGGCCCUGACUAUGACCAGAAUGCCCCAGUCCCUUGCUCUAACCUGGCUUCAGAAGUGAACCACAGGCCCACAAGAACCACAGACAAGGACCCUCCACCCCCACGGUCUAGCCCAGGAGCUCUAGAGCUCACUAGCCCAAUAGAGGGGCUAGACAAGAUUCUUUUUCAAAUAUCAAAAUUCCUGGCAGUUCCUCAGGGACAGGCUCUGAGCAGCAGCAAAUCAGAUGGGGGAUUCUGGGGGGCUCACAAAGGGACAGGUACAAACAACCUUGCCUGGGGGUCAGAGGAGGCGACUUCUCAGCUGAGCCCGGCCCUGUGACCCCUGGUGUCUAACUCCACCACUUAAGGCUUUUUGUGAUCUGACUUCUCUCUUCCGCCGAUCUUCUCACUGCUCCCUGAAGAAGCGAAACCUAUUCCUGUCUCCAAGCUUUGCCCUGUGUUCUCCAGGGCCCUCCCUGCUUCUCUCUGCCUAUCAAACUCCCCACUUUUAAAGGCCCCAUUCAAAAAAUCUCCUACCCACGUGCUCUCCUCAUUCUCUUCUGCCAAUCUCUGUCUUGCUGCCACCUUUCAGGCAGGGCUGAAGUCUUCCUUUUCACAAAACAACUAUUAAGCCAACUUAAGUCUACUGAACAUUGCCCCUGCUCUAGUACCUAGCACUCGACCAGUAGGUGCUUAAUAAAUGCCAAUGGCUUCAAUUUAAUGUAAAAACAAUUCCCUAGGCUUUCCCCAGGAAGCCACUUCAAGUCCCAUGUGCCAUGGGUAGAGCAAGUGUGGAGCAAGGAGGCCCAGGUGUGGCCUCACAGAAAACACUGCUCCUCCCUCCACACCUGCACCCUCCAGGCAGAGUUGUGUGACCUCUACAGAGAUGCCCUGUCCAUAUGGCCUCUGGCCUGGUUUAGUGAGCAGAAGACAAGCUAGAAAUAGUGUCCUUCUUCCAGGAUCAGUGGAGAUGGCACUUCCUCUUAGACGCCUCCCCUGACUUUACUGUGCUUCCCAGCCCCAGGGUUUCCCUCCUUCACAGCCCAAUCACUCUGAGUGGCCUUUGUCUAUUUCCCCUCCUGAGAGUGGGAGCAGAGGGCCAGGCACCCAGAAGACACCCCAGUGGAUGUGGGAAAACUGAAGUUUUCUGAAGCAGCAGAGUCCAUCUCAGACGGGAAAGCUGAGGCCCCACUGGAAAAAGGACUCAUCGAGUCCCAUGGUGAAAGGUCACAGGGCCAGGCCUGCAGCCAGGUCUCCUAUCUCUCCCUAUCCAAGGCUCUAUCUUCUGCUGUCCUCUGCACGGGCAGCAGGGAUCAGCUCUCUGACCACAGUGUGACAUACCUCCACAAAGGGGCUGCCUUCCACAAAUGCUGGCCAGGUGUAGAGACUUCCGUUCCUUCAGCUGAGAGAAGCAACUUUCUCUCCUUGAAUUUCUCUCCUCUCCACCCGAUUGCUGCCUAUUCCCUGCCCCUUCUCUUUUCCUUCAUUAUCAUCAACAAUAGCUCAGGCUGCUGGUCCCUCCUCAAUCAGGAGGUGACCCUUCCUCCUAUCCAUCUUUUCGAUCCUCACCUCAGUGCCCUAGAGAUGCCCCAGGGUGGAGGGGAUGGGAGUGGGGGAUGUGGAGCCUGAGCUGUGGAGAGGGUGGUUCCCUACCCCCUGCCCAUCAACCCCUCUCAGCCAAGCUCUCCCCAGGAUGGGGCUAGGGAAUCCCCAGUGCCUGGCAGGGCCAGGCACAGACAGAUGCUGGGGGCCAGGUGCAAUAAAUCAAGGAAUGAAAACAUACAACAGCAAGAGCUAUGUCCACCGGGGAAGAACUGGGUGAGGCUUCAAAGGACCCUUAAACUGAGUGGAAAUUCUUGAGCCUGGUCCUCUAGUUCCUCUUUUUCCUUGCUGUGGGCUUCCUGAAACAUGUUCCCUCCAGCCCAGGUGAAUGUCCCAAUACAUCUUCCUCAAGUACAUCCCCAGCCUCAACCUCCCCACUCCCAUAGUCACAGGAGUAGUCAAUGUGGAGACAUGUGGCUUCUCCCCCUCACACUUUGAGAAAAGGUGAGGUCAGGCCCAGCUGGCAUGGAUAGUACGGUAGCAUUAGGGAGAAGUAGAACCCUCCAAUAUUUCAGCAUGGGACAGGGGCGUGGACAGGGACAGGUCUUUGAACCAAGCUCUUCCAGUAGUCUGUUCAAGAAAAGAAAUUGGUUCUUUCCAAUAGCCAUUCUCACACCAGGACUGUGACUAUGACUGUGCCUGGCCCUGGGCUGGGUGCUGAGAACACA